CAGAGAGCCUUCCAAUUUGCCCCGCCGCCGGAUGACUGAUCGUCUCCUUCUAUCUGCAACUCUUUGGGGUUCCAUCCUUUUGGAACCCUUCCAAUCUACUUACAUCUAUCUUUGGCUUGCCAUUUAUCCAUUCAUAAUUGCAGGAUCUGUAAGGCUUGAAAGAUUGCUUUGAUUUGGUCCUCCACGCCUGUCGUACGAGCACCGUUCUCCGCUGGGACAAAGCUUGGUGACAUCAACCACUACGCCUCGCCGCUCGUUCUCGAAUCCCGCCUUGCAAGUUCCACCAGUUGAACGUGUCGGGUAUCCCGUCAACAUGAACUCGGGACUGUCAAAUUUGGGAGGCAAACCCCUACCGGGCUCGAAUUCCAACUUUAACGCGUCUCAACCCAUCUCUAUCCUGUCACCCAGUUUCGAAUCGAGUGCCCGCCGAUCGGGACUCUCGACGUCUACCCCGAACGCGGCACCGAGGAAGGGACAAGGCGCACGGAGACAGCACAAAGAGAAGAGGAGACCUCUGCGGGACGAUCGGGCGGACGACGAUGAUGCCAUGGCCGAAAUCCGCGCCGUCCGAAACGCUUCAAGCCGUCGAGGCCAGACCUCCAUCACCCAUUUACUGAAUUAUUCGAUCCCGACGCGUCAAUACAUCGAUAACUCCCAUGGCCAUGGCAGAACAUAUCGUCGACAGGCUACAUGGGGUCCGGGCUCAGGGUACCACCCUGUCGACAAGGCCAAGUUCGUGCACGCCAACUAUAGAUUUGUCGUAUCUCCGACGGGCGAGUAUUCGGCACAGGCAAACGAUGCCGACCAACACCUGGACUGGAACGAUGUGCAGCAAAUCAUCGCGUCGACCGAAUCUCAAUCCACGUCGUGCCCCAUCUGUCUUUCAGACCCUGUCGCACCCCGAAUGGCACGGUGUGGUCACAUCUUCUGUCUGCCAUGUUUGAUCCGAUUCAUGCACUCUACAAGUGACGAGGAGUCAAGCUCAAGGAAAGAGGCGCGUUGGAAGAAAUGCCCAAUCUGUGAGGAUUCGUUCAAGUUGGCCGAGGUCCGCCCGGUGCGAUUCUACGCUGGCCAGGAGAACCCUCUACCCAGGCCGGGAGACGAUGUCGUACUGCGAUUAAUGGUAAGAGAAACUGGAUCAACCUUAGCGAUGCCGAAGGAAGGUGGAACCGACGUCGUCAACCUGGGAGAGGACGUCCCGUGGCACUUUGCCGCGAACGUUUUGGAUUAUGCUCGUAUCAUGAAAGGUACUAACGACUACAUGAUGGAGCAAUUCGACGGGGAGGUAGAGGAUCUGCGAAGGCAGGCGCAGGAGGAUGAGCACCAAUUCGGAGUGGAAGAUGGAGAUUGGACCCAGAGAGCCAUAAGGGCUAUUCACACUGCCAAGGCUAAGGCGAGUGAGCAGAAGUCGAAGCUGAAGAGUGAUGAGGACGAUGUUACGGUGUCGCACGGCCUGUCCAAGGUGGCAGCGAAACAACCGGCUGGCCCGACAUUUCAUUUCUACACGGCACCGCCGCAUCUUUACCUCUCACCACUCGACAUACGUAUCCUGAAGACCAAGUUCGGGGACUUCUCUAAUUUUCCUUCGACCCUUUUGCCGAGGGUCGAACACAUUUCGACCGGACACCCUGUUGACGAUGCCCUGAGGAAACGGGCUAAGUAUCUUAGCCACUUGCCACAUGGUUGUGUUGUCAGUUUUCUUGAGUGUGACUGGACAGAUAUUGUGAACGCGGAGGUACUUAAUACUUUUUCAGGUGAUUUAGAACGUCGCCGGAAGUCACAUCGAGAUAAAGCAGCGCAAGAGGAACGGGAAAGGGUUCAGUCAGAACGGUUGGAAGCAGCCGCUAUCGGACGCGGUACUCGCAGGCAUUUCGACCAGACACACGAGGAACUGGCAGCACCAAUGCCGGCCAUGAGCUCGGACGAUUUCCAGCCUUUGGGCACAGCGCCUGGCACAACACCUCCAAACCCUCGUCCCGGUUUUGAGCAGUUGGCCGACGUGUCCACUAGUCCGUCGACCUCGAAAACGGUGUGGGGCACCCGAGCCAUCCAAGCAUCACCUAGUCUUGAACCAGUGCCUGAGACGGGAGCCAAUGAUGGCUGGCUUAAGGAUGAUGAUCUAUUAAGUGCUGCGGAAAUUGCUAUGCAAAUGGAAGCAUUCGGCCUAGAUGGUCCCGCCUCUGGGGCUGCUCCGACCCCAAGUGGUGGCGGUGUCGGCAAGAAGAAGAAGAAACAAAAAAUCACACUGAUGAGUACGGGAAGUCGACGCGCCGGGUGACGGCUGCGCGAGGUAGACACAGGAGCCCAAUUGGCGAUGUGUUGGGGUCGAUGUUGGAGAUGGCCGGCCAGACCAAUGCAUUGGGUUGUCACGGUAGACGUCGCGAAGUUUGACGUAGGGCAGAAAGAAAGAUGUGGCAUUAACAUCACGAGAAGUGAUAGCUAGAGAGUGGUUGCAAGCCGGCUGUUUCGGGCUACGUGAGAAAGGCACACGGAAGGCGGCGUCAUAACAGGUGUGGUGGAGGUUACUAUGAGGUCAUUAUGAAUUCACCGAAUUACAACAUUACAAUAAAUUACAUACCAGCCAUGAGGUACUGUACUUACUGAGGUAACUAGCGUCAUAGGGAUUAACUGAAUUAUUCACUUC